AUGGAGUCGCCUUUGGCUGCCUUGCUGUGGCGGUCGCUCCGCGUCUACCAGGUGUUCGGCGCGAACACCGAGGUUGGCAAGACUGUCUUUACAACAUUGCUGUGUAAGAGCGCAAAGCGCAAUUGGAAAGACGAAAACGUCUCUUUUCUUAAGCCAGUCUCGACCGGGCCAUUGAAUGAGGCUGAUGAUCAUCAUAUAAAAAAAUUCACCACCGGUGUCAACCACCACACUCUACUUCAAUACGGCAUUCCCGUGAGCCCGCAUACCGCGGCUUUGGCUUCAGGCGAGGUACGUGCUUCAGGCGAGCCGAUCCCGUCUGAUAACUCGAUUUUGGCCAGGUGUCGCGACCAUGCUUCAGAACGCGCCAAGGCUGGCAAGGGAUGGCUCUUCAUGGAGACGGCUGGUGGUGUGCACUCACCCAGCCCGUCCGGCAGCACCCAGGCGGACAUGUACACGCCGCUACGAUUGCCGGUCGUGCUCGUCGGCGAUGCCAAGCUCGGCGGAAUUUCGCAAACCAUUGCGUCGUUUGAAGCUUUGCGCAUCCGCGGAUACGACGUGCAGUCGAUUAUGCUGUUCCAAGACAAAAAGUAUCAAAACUACCUCUACCUGGCGGACUAUUUCCUGCAAAAGUACAACAUUCCAGUCAUGAGCUUGCAAGAGCCACCUACGCGCCUGGAAAGUGAGGCUCGAGAUGUCGAAGCUAUGAAGGAGUAUUACGAGCAGCGAACAGAAGAAAACAUUGUCGGAACUGUACUUGAGCAUCUCGAUUUGAACCACACCAAGAGACUCGACAGAUUAGAAAGCAUGGCGCAAAAGGCUCACGAGACCAUCUGGUAUCCGUUCACGCAGCACGAGCACCUCCCUGCAAAGGACAUUAUGACGAUUGAUUCAGCAUACGGCGACUACUUCCAGACAUACAACACCAAGUCUUCAGAGUACGGGGCUUUGCAAGCAUCUUUCGACGGAUCUGCCUCGUGGUGGACACAGGGUCUCGGUCACGCCAAUCCUCAACUCACAAUGGCCGCUGCGUAUGCCGCCGGUCGUUACGGACACGUCAUGUUUGCGGGCGCUAUUCACGAGCCAGCCAUGACACUGGCUGAGAAUCUUCUCCAAGGAACCGGAAACUCGCGCCUCACAAGGGUCUUUUAUUCGGACAAUGGCAGCACAGGAACUGAAGUUGCUGUCAAAAUGGGAUUGCGCGCUGCGCGUGUUCGCUACGGCUGGGGCCCGAGCGAGAAGCUCGGUGUCAUUGGGCUAAAGGGUGGCUACCACGGCGACACCAUUGGCGCUAUGGACUGCGCUGAGCCGUGUAUUUACAACGAGAACAUUGAGUGGUACGAAGGAAAAGGAUACUGGUUCGACUACCCGACUAUUCUCUGCAAAGACGGCAAGUGGCAGAUCAGUGCACCCGAAGGCAUGGAAAAGGAGCUGGGUCAGCCGCAAGACUACGCAUCCCUGCAGCAGAUUUUCAAUGUCGAGGCGCGAGAGAAGAAGAAUGAUCAUGAGCUCUACGAACGCUUCAUCACCGAAAAGCUCCAAACGUUGAGGGCGCAAGGCCGCAAGUUUGGCGCACUGAUUAUGGAGCCCAUCGUCCUCGGCGCCGGUGGCAUGGCCUUUGUCGAUCCCCUCUUUCAACGAACUCUUGUCAACGUGAUUCGCAAGUCGCCCUAUCUGUUCACCGACGAAGAGGGCGUGAGCCCGCGCCCCGAAGCCAGCAAGGAAUGGAGCGGCCUGCCCAUCCUCUUUGACGAGGUCUUCACCGGCCUCUACCGCCUCGGCCGCUUCACGCCCUCGACCUUUCUCGGCGUCGAGCCGGACGUCUCCGUCAACGCCAAGCUGCUAACCGGUGGCCUCGUCCCGCUGAGCACGACCAUGGCGUCCGAAGACAUCUUCAACGUGUUUCGCAGCCAGGAAAAGGUCGACGCGUUGCUGCACGGACACAGCUACACGGCGCACCCCAUCGGCUGCCAGGUCGGCAUCGAGUCGCUCAAGGCGAUGCAGCGCAUGGACAGGCGCGGCGAGUGGGACUGGGCCAAGAACCCGGGCUGGGCGUCAGGCUCGUCGUCGUCGUCAUCGUCGUCGACAUCCUCCUCGGCUCCGUCACUCGCCAAGAAGACGGCAGCGGGCAGUCGUGGUGGUGAGGUCUGGUCCGUCUGGCCGCUGGAUCUGGUCGAGAGCCUGUCGCGCAUGGAGAAGCGCGUCGCGGGCGUCUGGGCGCUCGGCAGCGUGCUGGCGGUGCAUCUCAAGGACGAGGCUGGCGCGGGGUACAGCAGCAAUGCUGCUCUGGGGCUGCGCAGCGCGCUGGCGCAGGGCGAGGCGGAUGGAAACAACGGGCCGUGGAAUAUUCACUCGCGUGUGCUGGGGAAUGUGAUUUAUCUGAUGGCGGGACAGACCACGACGCAGGAGGGCGUGCAGCAGCUUUCGAAGAUGCUGGUCAAUAGUCUGAAGUAA